CGGCGUGGAGGGAAGUUGUGAUAGGGGCGGGGAGAACAAUGCGAAGGGGAAGGCGGAAUGCGCAGUUAAGGGAGGCGAGAGUGCUGGGCAGUAAGCUGCCGUUAAUGAGGGAAGCGGGGGAAGCGUGCAGGCAUAGAGGGAAAGAAGGGAGAAAGCAAAUAGGUUCGGAAAUGUGAAUUAGAAGGGUAUGGGCGGGCGCUAGGACCAGGCGUCGGGGAGGUGUGGCUUUCGGGCUGCUCAAGCGCGCACUUGCCUGGAGGUGACGCGGUAACGGCGGAGGUCUCCGGCAAGGACAAAACACCGCAAGGGGAGAGGACUCCGCUGCUUUUGGCCUCGGCUCACUUCUCCCCGCGCGCUUUCCCGCUCCCUCUUCCUCUUACUGUUUGGGGGCGCCCCAAACCUCCUCCAGCUCUGGUCCAGGGCCGCCAGCCUUUCCUGGGGCCUCACACCACCUUCCCGUUUCACCGCGUACCCUUGCGCACCCCUGCUCACCGGGGUCGGAUGGUGGAGGCCUUUGGGGACGCGGCCACUGGUUGGUUUCUGCGAGCGCGGGGCGGGGCUCGUGGGCGACGCUCGACCUCGGCGGGCCUCGCUGUCUUUCCCGCCAUGUCGUUCGUGGAGAGCGGGAGGCUUCGCCGUCUCGGCACCCCUGUCCCUUUCGGUCGGCCGCCGUUUUCCACUUUCAGUCAGGGAGACAGUUGGGGUGAGGGUGAAGUCGACGAAGAGGAGGGAUGUGACCGAGUGGCCCGUGACUUACGGGCGGAGUUCUCGGCUGGGGCGUCGUCGGAACCUAGAAAGAACUCGCUAGUCCCGCCAGGUGGGGACGGGUCUCCAGUGCUCCCGGAUAAGCGGAAUGGCAUCUUCUCGGCGGACGCGGGCUGCCGAACCCAGGCUCGGCGGUGGCCUGUCCAGGUCCUCUCUAUUUUAUGUUCGCUGCUAUUCGCCGUCCUCCUCGCCAUCCUCCUCGCCAUCACCUACCUGAUAGUAAAAGAGUUACAUGCUGAGAAUUUGAAGAAUGAAGAUGAUGUACACACUGGGCUGUUAGGAUUCUGGACUCUACUCAUAAUAUCCUUAACUGCCGGAUUCUCCUGCUGCAGCUUUUCUUGGACAGUGACUUAUUUUGAUUCUUUUGAACCAGGAAUGUUUCCUCCUACUCCUCUUUCACCUGCUAGGUUCAAAAAAAUGACCGGACAUUCUUUCCACAUGGGCUAUAGCAUGGCAAUUUUGAAUGGCAUUGUAGCUGCUCUUACUGUAGCGUGGUGCCUCAUGUAAACCCACACUGAAGCAAUAUUCUUGACAAAACUUAGUCUUGAUUGCUUUGUAGUAACAGGGAAGAUCAUUGCCUACUCAGAAGACCAAGAAACCUGCUGUUCAUUAUAUGGUUCAGAUACCUGUCAUGAUGAUGAUUCAUUAUGGAGGACUUUUUGAGCAUCCUUCUAGAGCCUAGGCAUUGGGAAUAUCUGAAUAUUAAGAUUCAAGUAAUUCUUAAAAGUGUAAGAUGUUUACCUCAUCUUUUUACUUUUGUGUGUGUUGUCCUUUUUGAGUUGUAGAAAACAUUUUAGUAGAACUCAAACUCUAAAACUUGAAUACAGGACAAUGCUUGCCUUCCCAUGUAUAUGUAUAUACUACAUUUUUGCUGAGAAAUACUGAAAGUAUUGUUUAAUUGAGAUAGAAAUAUUUCUUAUUUAUUCAUUGUAUUAGGAAAGCAAACAAUGCCUAUUUGACAUUUUAUAGAAACUCCUUUUAAAUCAGAAUAUUUAGUUUUUGAUAUAGAAUCAAUAGAAGGUGCAUUUAUAUUUUUAAUGGGGCAUAAUUCCUUAUGUGUUUUUUUUACAUAUUUUCCUACUAUAUAUUGAAUUUGUAUGUUUUUAAAAUUGUUACAUCUAGACAAAUGUAAAUGUUAUUUUUAGCUGGUACAAACAAUAUCAUUUUUAGUUAAGUAUUUUGUCUUUUAAGAAAAGCACAUUGGCCCAAGUUUAAAACUAAGUAAACUUAUUUUUAAUAAAAAAAGACUGAAAAAAGUUUAGUUACUUAAGCUAUGAAAAUAUUGAGAAAUUUGAAGCUGUUCACUUUCCAUUUUCACAAUUCCAAGUAUUUAUCUUGGUGUAUAUAUGGUUAAUUCAACAGACUAAUAUUUUGCUUUUAAUUAAUAGAAACCUUAAAUUUCUAUAUUCAGAAAUGCUUGAACUAGUUUGUUUUUAUCUCUAAAAUUUAGUCACCAAAAUAGAAAAGGUAUUUUGAUACAAUAUGUGUACAUGCAUAAUUUUUUCAUAUACAGUUCUGUAAUUUUCCUGUUUAAAUUUUCUGUAACUGCUGUUUUGUUAUUAGUUUCAUUGUAAUUAAGCCUUAAUACUUCCCAUUUCCCUUCUAAAUAUCUGUUUAGAAUAGUCACUUCAGUUUUAGAAAGAUGGACUAUUUAAAAUACUUUUUCCUGGUGAUAGAAAAACCUACAUUAUGUUAGCAUUGUGUAGCCAAACUGCUUAUUCAGGCCAAAUGAGAAAUGAAUAUGUGCAGUGUGUUCCUGUUAUCUACUAAGUGUUGUUACUGAGUAAAUGAUUUAAUGAUGUUUCUAAAGGUCUUAAUUUUUUUACUGUUCAAAAGCCUUUCCUCGGAAAUACCAAAUGCUGCUCCAGUUUAAAUUAUCUGAAGUGUUGAGAUUAAUAUAGGAGGGGUUGUGUAUGUAAGAUAUAUACAUAUAUAUAUAUAUAUACAAAUCCCGUAGCUUAAGUAUUCCUUCUAGAGUAGUUGUAAUGAAUAUGUUUUCACUCCUUGGCUUUCUCCUCUCCACCUCCUCCUUUCCCCCUAACCUUGGCUAUAAAGGGUGCUUCUAUUGCAAAGGAAGGUGCAAGUAUCAAAAUCAGUUUUUCUUCUCUGUACCCCCACCAAGCCCCACCUACCUACCUGGUGUCAAAUUUGGAUAGUUUCUUCCAGAUCUUUGUGUUUUAUGACUAAGAAAAAUAUAGGAGACCCUUCGUAUGUAAAUAUCUGUAAGAUAUUAUGAAUACAUAAUAUACAUAUAAAUAUAUGAUACUUCUGAAACUCUUUCUUUUGGUCUAGUACUUUUCUUUCUUGGGAAAUAACUCUCCUCUCUCCAGUCUAACAUAGGGUCCAAAUAUAAACUAUCCUACUUCUUAGCAGAGUGAUUGACAAAGGAUAGGUGCCUAACCAAAGAUGGGCUCAUCUUAGUUUCUCAUCUUGCCUGACCACAGUGAUUGCAGCAGGAAGAGACAUGACUUAAACUAGGCUAGUGUCUUCCCAAGAUUUUUCAAGUUGAAAUUAAGAUAAAUGAAGCUGGGAAGAUACAAGCCCAGGAACUGCUGGCAGCCAGGGUUCAGACAACUCAGUAGAAAGGAGUAAGGUUGACAUGGAUACUGCUAGCGACAUUCCUCUAGUCCCUGAAGCCCAGAGGUGACCCUGUCAUUCUUGAAAUUUGGUUAUAUGAACCAAUAAGUCCUCCUUCGGCUUUGGUGUUCAUAUUGAUUUUGGUUAUUUCCAAUAAAAGGAGUCAA